UCUUUCGUUGAGUUGUCAUUUCUUACUUAUUUUUCAUAUUGGCCGACUUUCAGUUUUGCAUGGUUUUCAUGGAGUUGAUACUUAAGAUCCUUCCAAUGUCAUUUUGGACAUUUGAAGCCUUUUCUUUUUCUUUUUGAUGAUAUACAUAUGUGGUUCAUAUUGCAGACAAGACAUCAUUAAUCCAAGACAUUAGCUUUUAUGAUGAACAAAAAGAAAAGAUAUUAGCUUUAUGGCCCCCCUUUGUUGCGUAAACUUUAAUAGAAAUAAGGCGACGUCCUAAUUUAGACAAAAGGGUGGUCAUUCAAUCUUAACAUGUCGCCUUCUUGUACCAAUUCAACUCUUUUUUUUUUGGAUAAAAUUCCACUACUUACUCCCAUUUUUCUUAGGAUUUGACUUGGACAGUAUACAAUAAUUUGCGUCUAAAAAUGCGUUUGAAAAUUUCAAAAUUUGUUUCAAUUAAGUCACGGAUCAUAGGACUAGGGACGGCCUUGAUGAUGCCAAUUAUUGGGAAUCUAUCGGAUCAGUAUGGAAGAAAAGCUCUACUUACAUUGCCUAUGACAUUAUCCAUUAUUCCCCUUGCUAUAUUGGCAUGCAACAGAACGACCAAUUAUUUUUACGCCUACUUUGCCUUCAAGACCCUCACUGACAUGGUCUGUCAAGGCAGCAUUAACUGCCUUGCUCUUGCUUAUUUGGCAGACAAUAUUUCAUAUAGGCAACGAGCAUCUGCUUUUGGAAUUCUAGCAGGAGUAACCUCAGCUGCAUAUGUCUGUGGAACCUUAGCAGCUCGUUUUCUCUCCACUGGCUUAGCAUUUCAGGUUGCUACAUUUGUAUCCUUGUUUGCUGUAGUGUACAUGAGAAUAUUUCUUGAAGAAAGCAUACCUGCAGAUCAGGGUGAAGGGAUCACCCAACCAAUCUUGAAAGAAGGGGAAGAAGAUAAUAUCAUCCAAAAUGAUGAUAAUGCACCUACAAAGGUGCCUCCAUUCAAGAAAAUUCCAUCCCUGGGGGAUGUUAUUUACUUGAUGAAGAACAGUCCAUCAUUUGCUCAAACAGCAAUUGUUGCUUUCUUCAAUAAUCUUGGGGAAGGUGGGAUGGAAUCUUCAUCAAUGUACUAUUUAAAGGCUCGUUUCCACUUUAACAAGAAUCAGUUUGCUGAUUUGAUGCUAAUUGGUGGAAUUGUAGCAACCAUUUCACAGUUGUUUAUCAUGCCCUUACUAGUAUCUCCCAUAGGAGAUGGAAGGUUGCUUUCAAUAGGACUCUUUGCCUCCUGUGUAUAUGCCAUUCUUUACAGUAUAGCCUGGUCAGCUUGGGUCCCAUAUGCAGCCGCUGCAGUGUCUACUGUGAUGGUCUUUGCACCACCAUCAUUACGCAGUAUUGCAUCAAGACAAGCUGGCCCCAGAGAACAGGGGAAGGCUCAAGGAUGCAUCUCCGGAAUACUUUCUUUGGCCAAUGUCAUGGCUCCACUAAUUUUUAGUCCUUUAACAUCAUUGUUUCUGUCUGAAGGGGCACCAUUUCAUUUCCCUGGCUUUAGUAUCAUUUGCAUUGCAAUCACUUUGAUGAUUGCCUUCAUUCAGAGUUUGAUGAUAGGGAGAGCUCCUUCAACUAGCAAUGCCGAAAACAGUACGGAGGUUUAGUUAUGAGGGAUCCAAGGAAUGAAAUAUAUAUAUAUAUACACAGACAAAUCAUUGGUGGUUAGAAAAUCCUCUGUACUUAGUUAACAAUGGAGAAUGUCAUCAAAGUGUCAUUUAUGCGUACAUAGAACACAACUAUUUAAAGAGAUUGUUGGAAUUAACUAUAA